UCCUAAUAUUUCUUCCUCCUCCGUUCACAGAAGCUGCUACAGUUGCAGAACUUCAAUACACUCAUGGCGGUUGUGGGCGGCCUCAGCAACAGCUCCAUCUCUCGUCUCAAAGACACGCAGGCCCACAUCAGUGCAGAGACCAACAAGGUUUUUAACAACUUAAUUGAACUGGUGACAUCAUGUGGCAACUACAGUCAGUACCGCAAGCGUUUUUCUGAAUGCUCCGGCUUCCGAUUCCCAAUUCUUGGCGUGCACCUGAAAGACCUGAUAGCCGUGCAUGUGGCACUGCCAGACUGGGCCGACAAAGAGAAGACACGAGUCAACCUGGCAAAAACCCAGCAGCUGUACGCUAUCCUUCAAGAGCUGGCGCUCAUCCAGGCCACGCCACCUAACGUCGAUGCCAACACAGACCUGCUCAACUUACUUACA